AUUUCCCUUGGUUCCGGAACGGGGAGUUCUUUGAUGCUCAAAACUUUCCGAACGAUGUGUGCGUCCGCUGGGAUGCCGUGGCUGAUCGAGAGAGGCUGAUUGAGCUGGAAUACUAUGCAGGACUGGAAACACCACGGUCUGACCACCUAUCUGUGUCCUAUAAGGAGAUGAGAAAUAAGGACCUCGACACCAAUGCCAGAGCAGACUAUCUUCUGUAUAUUAGUCGUCUGAAGGAAAGAUUUACAUCCGCUGGAUUCAAGUAUGAUGAAGAUGGUUUGCAGCUAACUAAAAACUGGGAGAAAAUCUUCAUAAAGCAAGGUAGCUUUGCAGCCAAGGAUCUCCUGUCCAUACCUGUCUGUGCGCAGUACUCUUCUCUGGACCCGAAUUUCCUCAACACGACUAUUGUGCCAGCUGCGGCUGAACUUAUUCCCUAGCCGUUCUUGUUUAUUAUUAUUAGUUUUUCAUUAGGGUCUUCUUCGCGUAGACAUCAAUGCGAUAAGACCAUUGCGCAAUGGCGUAAUUUGUACCAUAAACACCCCAGACAGCCACCUGAGCAUGGUUGUCUGGUGUGUUGAACAGUGCAUUCCUGAUCCCAGCGUACUCACCAUCACAUGCAUUACUCAUACCUUCCAUAUUUGGCAAUGCGCAAUGGGCUUAUGUAUAUGCACAGCAUGUAUAGCUUUUGCAUCAGCCAAAAAUUAGCUUUUCAGCACAUAAACCUAUCCUUCCAUACUGAUUUGCCACGAUUUUACAUUAACAAGCAUUCCCACUUUAUUUUCAGAUUCCACUCA